AUGAAUGACCUGGACGUCCUUUGCGCCCGGAAGAGAUACCUCAAUGGGCAUCUCAAGCUGCCCUGGGAGCACAACUUUGCUGGUGAGGUGCUAGGACAGCAGGGUUCGAAGAAGUCAUCGUUGUUGGAUGUUCCUUCAUGGGUUGGUUUUGGCGAUUACAUGCAGCGUUCUGGCAGUGAUUCACAACCUGAAUAUAUUCAGCAAACAUCAACACACCCUGGUGCGAUGAGACGCAUUGCAAUUGCUGCCACUCUGAAAACAGAUGAUGAGAUGCUUUUCAAAUCUCUGGCAAUGGUCAAGUUUCUACUCCUCAUGGACCUCACUGCAACUGGCCUGGGAGACGUGCUUGCUGGGUUGGUCAUGCAAGUUGGUGGAGAAGAAACGGUGAUUCAAGUUCUCAGGGACACCUUCUCGAAAAGGGCUGCCAGCACUGUUUACAAGCGAGUGUCUUGUUUUUGGCGUUACAGCAAGUGGGAUCAACAAUCUGGCAGAUGCAAUCCAUGGCAUUUUACAGAGCAGAAGGUGUAUGAAUACCUGGCCUUCUUGAGAUCCUCGAAUGCUGCUGCAACUUCGGGACAGUGCUUUUUGGCUGCCCUUGCAUUUAUGCAUGAACAUGUCAGGAUCAAACACUUUGACAAGGACUUCUUGUCGCCUAGAGUCAGAGGCGUCGAGCAUGAGUUGCUGCUGAAAAAGAGGCCGCUACUGCAAGCAAGGGCACUCUACUUGAAGGAAGUUGAAGCCUUGGAGAAUUUUGUCAUUGAUCCCACUGCCCAGUAUGCCACCGUGGUUGCAGCCGGCACCUACCAACACAAGACCUCGGUAACGGCAAUGCAGAAGACCACCUUGUUGCCUCUUCUAGGCUUGGGCAAGUGGUUUGCCGAAGUGCCCUGGGCUGCCUGCUGGCUGGAGAUGAUGGAAGAAGCCUUUGGGCAAGUUGAGGGACGAGCUUUUCUCCUGCCUGCUUUCUCUGAGAAGAGCUUGCAGUGGUUGCCCAGGAAGAUGUCCUCAGCCGAGGGGACACUGUGGCUCAGAGACAUUCUCAAGCUGGCUGGCCAGGGCCGUUGUGUGGAGUCAUUAACCACGCACUGCCUCAAAGUCACCCGCCUUGCAUGGUUUACUAUCAGUGGGAAAUUCACCCUGGAGGAGCGCAGAAUUGCAGGACAUCAUCUGGACAAAGAGCACCGCUCUGCAUUGACUUAUGGCCGAGACAAUCAUUUGGCAGUCCUGAAAAAGGAAGCCGUCCUGCUUCAGAAGGUGAAGAUGGGUCGCUUUGACCCCGAUGAGAGCCGUGCCAGACACAUUGAUCGGGAAAUCGAUGCAUUGCUGCAAGAACAUGUAGAUGCCCAGGAAGGUGAAGACUCCGACUUUGAUCAUUUUGACGAAGUUCAAGAUGGUGUGGACAUAGCUGAAGAUGCCGACAAUUUGGAACAUGCCAUAGUUGACAAUCCGUUGGAUCCUACCUUGACCUACUGGCAGCAUCACCUGUCGGGAACCUUGCACAUUGAACAGGUUCCACUGAAGUUUGAGUGUGGCCGUGCCAUCAACUCCAACUGCUUUUAG